GCCGCCAACUCGGGAACGGGAACAGGAGGCCGUUGGAAAACUUUGGGCAAGAUGGCCCGGCGGUGAUUUCCGUGGCGGUCUCUCCUGCGCCCGGCCUCUGCGCCGCAGGCCCAGCCCCCGAGCUUCCUCGCACGUUCGGCAGCCCCGGCCUGGCCCCGGCCCCUCCUGCCCAUGGCGGUGGCCGAGCUGUACACGCAGUACAACAGGGUCUGGAUUCCCGAUCCUGAAGAAGUUUGGAAGUCUGCUGAAAUAGCCAAGGACUACAGAGUUGGUGACAAGGUCCUGCGACUCCUGCUGGAGGAUGGAACGGAGCUGGAUUAUUCUGUCAAUCCAGAAUCUCUGCCUCCACUUCGGAAUCCUGACAUCCUCGUGGGCGAGAAUGACCUCACGGCUCUCAGCUAUCUUCACGAGCCCGCAGUGCUCCACAACCUCAGAAUCCGCUUUGCAGAAUCCAAACUCAUUUACACCUACAGUGGAAUCAUUUUGGUGGCCAUGAAUCCUUACAAGCAGUUGCCAAUAUACGGAGAUGCCAUCAUCCACGCCUACAGCGGGCAGAACAUGGGCGAUAUGGACCCACACAUAUUUGCCGUGGCAGAAGAGGCAUACAAGCAGAUGGCCAGAAACAACAGAAACCAGUCCAUAAUUGUAAGUGGGGAGUCAGGUGCUGGAAAGACAGUGUCGGCUCGCUAUGCCAUGAGGUACUUUGCCACUGUCAGCAAAUCGGGCAGCAACGCUCACGUGGAAGACAAGGUCCUGGCAUCCAAUCCCAUCACCGAGGCUGUUGGAAAUGCCAAGACCACCCGCAAUGACAAUAGUAGUCGGUUUGGGAAAUACACAGAAAUCAGUUUUGAUGAACAAAAUCAAAUUAUAGGAGCCAACAUGAGAACUUACCUCCUGGAGAAAUCCAGAGUUGUCUUUCAAUCGGAAAAUGAACGAAAUUACCACAUUUUCUAUCAGCUUUGUGCAUCUGCACAGCAGUCGGAAUUUAAACAUCUUAAAUUGGGGAGUGCCGAAGAAUUUAAUUAUACAAGAAUGGGGGGCAAUACUGUCAUUGAGGGUGUGAAUGAUCGAGCUGAAAUGGUAGAGACUCAAAAGACCUUCACGCUUCUGGGUUUCAAGGAGGAUUUUCAGAUGGACGUUUUUAAAAUCCUGGCAGCCAUCCUACAUCUGGGCAACGUGCAGAUCACCGCGGUGGGCAACGAGAGGUCCUCAGUUAGUGAGGAUGACAGUCACCUGAAGGUGUUCUGUGAGCUCCUGGGCCUGGAGAGUGGCAGAGUUGCUCAGUGGCUAUGCAAUCGCAAAAUCGUCACAAGCUCUGAGACGGUGGUAAAACCCAUGACCAGGCCUCAGGCUGUCAACGCCAGGGAUGCACUGGCGAAAAAGAUCUAUGCUCACCUGUUCGACUUCAUUGUGGAGAGAAUUAACCAAGCGUUGCAGUUUUCAGGCAAGCAGCACACUUUUAUUGGUGUUUUGGACAUUUAUGGUUUUGAAACCUUUGAUGUGAACAGCUUUGAACAAUUUUGCAUCAAUUACGCUAAUGAAAAACUGCAACAGCAGUUUAACAUGCAUGUCUUCAAACUGGAACAAGAAGAAUACAUGAAGGAAGAUAUACCUUGGACGCUGAUAGAUUUUUAUGACAAUCAACCAGUUAUUGACCUGAUUGAAGCAAAAAUGGGAAUUCUGGAGUUACUGGAUGAAGAAUGUUUGUUACCACAUGGAACUGAUGAAAACUGGCUUCAAAAGCUGUAUAAUAAUUUUGUCAACAGGAACCCUUUGUUUGAAAAGCCUAGAAUGUCAAACACAUCCUUUGUCAUCCAGCACUUUGCUGAUAAGGUAGAGUAUAAAUGUGAAGGUUUCCUGGAGAAAAACAGAGACACCGUCUAUGACAUGCUGGUUGAAAUCCUGAGAGCAAGCAAGUUUCAUCUCUGCGCCAACUUUUUUCAAGAAAAUCCAACUCCUCCUUCUCCUUUUGGUUCAAUGAUUACAGUUAAAUCUGCAAAGCAAGUCAUCAAGCCAAACAGCAAGCAUUUCCGGACCACAGUUGGGAACAAGUUCCGCAGCUCUCUGUACUUGCUCAUGGAGACCCUCAAUGCAACGACGCCCCACUACGUUCGAUGCAUCAAGCCAAAUGAUGAGAAGUUACCCUUUGAAUUUGACUCCAAAAGAAUUGUUCAGCAGCUGCGAGCCUGCGGCGUUUUAGAAACAAUUCGCAUUAGUGCACAGAGCUACCCUUCCAGGUGGACGUACAUCGAGUUCUACAGUCGCUACGGCAUUCUCAUGACCAAGCAAGAGCUUUCCUUCAGCGAUAAAAAGGAGGUGUGCAAGGUGGUUUUACACAGACUCAUCCAGGAUUCUAAUCAGUACCAGUUUGGUAAAACCAAAAUUUUCUUCAGAGCAGGACAAGUGGCUUAUUUAGAGAAACUUCGAUUGGAUAAACUGAGGCAGAGUUGUGUUAUGAUACAAAAGCACAUGCGUGGCUGGCUCCAGAGGAAAAAAUUCCUCCGAGAGAGACGAGCCGCCCUGAUAAUCCAGCAGUACUUCCGGGGUCAGCAAACUGUGAGGAAAGCUAUUACUGCAGUGGCCUUAAAAGAAGCCUGGGCAGCCAUAAUCAUUCAGAAGCACUGCCGUGGGUAUCUUGUUCGCAGCCUGUAUCAGCUGAUUCGCAUGGCCACCAUCACCAUGCAGGCCUACACCCGAGGAUUCCUGGCAAGGAGGAGGUAUCGAAAGAUGCUGGAGGAACACAAGGCUGUGAUCCUGCAGAAAUACGCACGGGCGUGGCUGGCCAGACGCAGAUUCCAGAGUAUCCGACGAUUCGUGCUUAAUAUUCAGCUUACUUACAGGGUCCAGCGUUUGCAGAAAAAGCUGGAAGAUCAGAACAAAGAAAACCAUGGGCUGGUGGAGAAGCUGACCAGCCUGGCUGCUCUUCGAGCUGGGGAUGUGGAAAAGAUUCAGAAGCUGGAAGCAGAACUAGAAAGAGCAGCCACUCACAGGCGAAAUUACGAGGAGAAGGGGAAGAGAUACAGGGAUGCUGUGGAAGAGAAAUUGACAAAGCUUCAGAAGCGUAAUUCAGAACUGGAAACACAGAAAGAACAAAUACAGCUGAAGCUUCAAGAGAAGACUGAAGAGUUGAAAGAAAAAAUGGACAACCUCACCAAGCAGCUCUUUGAUGAUGUACAAAAGGAAGAACGGCAAAGAAUGCUUCUUGAAAAAAGUUUUGAACUGAAAACACAAGACUAUGAGAAGCAGAUUCAGUCUUUGAAAGAAGAAAUUAAAGCUCUCAAGGAUAAGAAGAUGCAACUCCAACACCUGGUGGAGGAGGAGCACGUCACUGCUGAGGGCUUGAAGGCGGAAGUGGCCCGCCUGAGCAAGCAGGUCAAGACAAUCUCUGAGUUCGAAAAAGAGAUAGAACUACUUCAGGCACAGAAGAUAGAUGUGGAGAAACAUGUGCAGUCACAAAAACGGGAAAUGAGAGAAAAGAUGUCAGAAAUCACCAAACAACUUCUCGAAAGCUAUGACAUUGAAGAUGUAAGAAGCAGGCUCUCUGUGGAAGAUCUGGAACAUUUAAAUGAGGAUGGAGAACUUUGGUUUGCUUAUGAAGGACUAAAGAAAGCAACACGUGUUUUGGAGAGCCAUUUCCAGUCUCAGAAGGAUUGCUAUGAAAAGGAGAUUGAAGCUUUGAACUUCAAAGUGGUGCAUCUCAGUCAAGAAAUCAACCACCUGCAGAAGUUAUUCAGAGAAGAAAAUGACAUCAAUGAAAGCAUCCGUCAUGAAGUUACCAGGCUAACAUCAGAGAACAUGAUGAUCCCAGACUUUAAACAGCAAAUUUCAGAAUUGGAGAAGCAGAAGCAAGAUCUUGAAAUCCGCCUGAAUGAACAAGCUGAGAAAAUGAAAGGAAAACUAGAAGAAUUGUCUAAUCAGUUACAUCGCAGUCAAGAGGAGGAAGGAACACAAAGAAAGGCCUUGGAAGCCCAAAAUGAAAUACAUACCAAAGAGAAGGAGAAGCUGAUUGAUAAGAUUCAAGAAAUGCAGGAGGCCAGUGACCACUUGAAGAAACAAUUUGAAACUGAAAGUGAAGUCAAGUGUAACUUCCGGCAGGAAGCAUCCCGGCUCACUUUGGAAAACAGGGAUCUUGAAGAAGAAUUAGACAUGAAAGACAGAGUGAUUAAAAAGCUACAAGAUCAAGUCAAGACACUAAGCAAGACAACUGGAAAAGCCAAUGAUGUGCACUCGUCCUCAGGACCCAAGGAGUACCUUGGAAUGCUGCAAUACAAGAGAGAAGACGAGGCCAAGCUCAUCCAGAACCUCAUUCUUGACUUGAAGCCCCGUGGCGUGGUGGUGAACAUGAUCCCCGGGUUGCCGGCUCAUAUCCUGUUCAUGUGUGUGCGCUACGCAGACUCUCUGAAUGAUGCCAACAGGCUGAAGUCCCUCAUGAACAGCACCAUUAAUGGCAUCAAGCAGGUGGUUAAGGAACAUUUAGAAGACUUUGAAAUGCUGUCCUUUUGGCUUUCCAACACUUGUCAUUUUCUCAAUUGCCUGAAGCAGUACAGUGGAGAAGAGGAAUUCAUGAAGCAUAAUAGUCCACAGCAGAAUAAGAAUUGCUUGAACAAUUUUGACCUUUCAGAAUACAGACAGAUUCUCAGUGAUGUGGCUAUACGAAUAUAUCAUCAAUUUAUUAUCAUAAUGGAAAAGAAUAUCCAACCGAUAAUAGUUCCGGGAAUGCUGGAGUAUGAGAGCCUUCAGGGCAUUUCCGGCCUGAAGCCCACAGGCUUCCGGAAGCGCUCCUCCAGCAUAGACGACACGGACGGCUACACCAUGACCUCCGUCCUGCAACAGCUGAGCUACUUUUACACCACCAUGUGCCAGAAUGGCCUGGACCCCGAGCUUGUGAGGCAGGCGGUGAAGCAGCUCUUCUUCUUGAUCGGGGCGGUCACGCUGAACAGCCUCUUCCUGCGCAAGGACAUGUGCUCCUGCAGAAAAGGGAUGCAGAUCAGGUGCAAUAUCAGCUACUUAGAAGAAUGGCUUAAAGAUAAGAACUUGCAGAACAGCUUAGCAAAGGAAACUUUGGAGCCCCUCUCUCAGGCAGCCUGGUUGCUUCAGGUCAAGAAGACCACAGACAGUGAUGCCAAGGAGAUCUACGAAUGCUGCACCUCACUGUCUGCUGUGCAGAUCAUAAAGAUCCUUAAUUCAUACACACCUAUAGAUGACUUUGAGAAGAGAGUGACUCCAUCCUUUGUUCGCAAAGUACAGGCUCUCCUAAAUAGCCGGGAGGAUUCAUCACAGCUGAUGUUGGAUACCAAAUAUCUCUUUCAAGUCACAUUUCCUUUUACCCCCUCUCCACAUGCUCUGGAAAUGAUUCAGAUCCCCAGCAGUUUCAAGCUAGGCUUUCUGAGUAGGUUAUAGCAGGAGAAAAAGUCAAUGCACUUUUUCUUCAAAAGCUAAGUGAAGGUUCAAUAUGAGGGAUGUGUUUUAUUAAUUGGCAAUGGAAAUUGGAAUGUGAUUUAAGGAAGAAGAUAGACUUUUCUCAAAUGGACCACAUCAUCUCUCACUCACAGUGACAGUGCUGCUGCUGUAAUUUUGUAAGAAUUCACACACACCAGCUGUAUUUGAAAAAGCCAUGUCUCACUCUCGAAUCUCAGCUGGUUUUCACUGAAAUUCCUGGAGGGCUCAUAUUUUCUUCCACGUGCCUCUUGAUCUGUUCUGCCUUGUGGCAGGGCUCUGCCAGGAGGGAGUGAGAUCUGGGGACACAGUGGCUUCCAAGUUUUCUAAGGUUGAUGUGAAACCUGAGUACAUUUACAAAGCUGCAAGUGGAUUCUAGUGCUGAGUCUUCCAGGAAAAAAUCCUGUUUGGCCACCGUGGCCUGCCAAAAGUUCUCUUGCCCCAUGCCUGCUGGGGACAGAAGGUUUUCAUGAACUCUUUUUACUGAAAAUGCCCUGCAUUUAAAAAUGUUCAUUUUAGACCCUUCUAAAUUUUUUUUUUUUUUUUUGAGACUCCGGAGUCUCGCUCUGUCGCCAGGCUGGAGUGCAGUGGCAUGAGCUCGGCUUAUUGCAACCUCCGCUUCCUGGGUUCAAACAAUUCUCCUGCCUCACCCUCCUGAGUAGCUGGGACUACAGGCACCUGCCACCAUGCCCAGCUAAUUUUAGUAUUUUUAGUGGAGACAGGUUUCACCAUGUUGGCCGGGAUGGCCUCGAUCUCUUGACCUCGUGAUCCACCCACCUCAGCCUCCCAAAGUGCUAGGGUUACAGGCAUGUGCCACCGCGCCCGGCUGACCCUUUUAAUUUUUAAGAGAGUGUUCAAUCCGAGAUGAAUCAUUUGAAGUAUUUUUAUAUGUAUAUCUAUUUAAAACUAAUAUUAAAGCUUAAUUGCCAUGCCAUUUAUCUUCUCUGAAAGAACUUCAAAUCUUACCUGCCAACAUAUUCACCGUAAUUUUUUUAUUUUUUAAUACCUUUCAUACAAUAACUUUUAAAAAAAUCUGAGAUUGAAAAAGCAACCUAAAUUACUUUCGCUCUCUAAUCAGCAUUUCAAUGUAUUUAUUUUUAAAUUUUCUCAAAAAGUAACUAAAAAAUUGUGUCGGACCCUCCUUUUGAGAAAUCUAUGUUUCCCAAGUUUUAUGGGAACUGGCUAUUCCUUGUCCCAGCACACCUUCUCAUUCCUUCCUUUCAGAGCCUAAAACCUCAUUUGAUAAGCACUCCUAGUCUCUGGCCUGUGGAUCCAGUGCUAUUCUGUCACCAACCUAAGAAUCCCAGUUGCACCUUCUGUUUCUGACAGUCACAGGUGACAGCUGUGAUUCUAUAAUACAGACUGGUGUCUUAGAGGUAGGAAUAAUACAUGAUUAUGAAGCAAUAUCACCCUGCUAAUACAUAAUAAUGUCUUUUUAUAUUAUAAGUGAUUGAGUUUAGUUCAUUUCAAUACAUUGUACAUGAAAAAAUGAAAAGUAGAACUUUGUAAUACUUUAAUCAAUAAAAUUAAUUACCAAAUGAA